UCUAUUCAGAUGCCCAGGCGGGCGCGUCACUUCACCGCCUUCUGGUCGGUCCCUCUAAUUGAUUGUUGUUGUCCUGGGUCAUCAACAUUUGCUGGUGCUCAGGUAGGCCCGGGACUAGUCCUUAUGAGGAAGCUGUCCUGGGGAUCAAUUGGAAGCCCGCCGGGGGAAACCGAAUGCGCACCGAAGGAAUAUUAUGCCCUCGGGUUUCGACCUUUGGGCGUAGGACGUAAGGCAACGAGAUCAACACAUGAGUGUACUAGCAUUUGAAUAUACUAUUACCCUAAGUCACUACAAAGAUGAGCCUCGUCGCUCGCGAUUGAUAAUCAUGCGGAUCAAUGGUCUAUAUUUUUCGUAUAUAAAUGGUCAAUGAUAUAUAUAAUAUAACAACCACUAGCUACUCCAGCGUGUCUAGCACAACCGGCAUUCCACCCCAACAACAAAACCUAUUUCCAAUUCAACCCUACC